ACACACCAGAUCGCGUUGUGCGAACACAUGAUGGAGUUUGAAGGCAGCGAACUGACAGAAAACAAUCCCACUGAAACGAUGGAAACAGAGAAAAGCCAGGACCCUGAAAAUGGACAAAUUGGCGAUUCUAAACAGGACAUCCCCAGCACAAACGAAACCGCAGACGAUCCGUUUAAGAAACCCGCACUGACCCCUUCUCUCACGGUGAAGAAAUCAUUAGGACCAAGUAGGAAACCUAACGUUACAGAAGAAGUGAGCAGCAGCGUAUCAGAAAAUACAAACGCAGAUCAUGAUACUAAACACCUGCUGUCAACUGCAAAGGCUAAAGACACCAAAAUAGACCCGUCGGAUCAUCCGCCAUCCGAGAGAUUUAAGGAACAGAGGGCACAGCCGAAACCAAAAGACAUCAAACCCAAGGUCCCUCCGGCUGGUAAAUUCCCUCCGCUCCCGUACACCGAGCCCCCGUGGGGAGCUGUCCCUGACAUCAACUACUCAUUUGAACUGCUGAAAAACGGAGCUAUCCUAGACACCGUCCCGCUGACCCAAAGGAGUUAUUUUGUGGUGGGUCGGUUGCCGGUGUGUGAUGUAUCUCUGGAGCACCCGUCCAUCUCUCGCUAUCACGCCGUGGUCCAGUACCGGGGCAGAGCUGGUCAGGAAGGUGUCGUGGGAGAGGAGAGAGGCUUCUACGCUUAUGAUUUAGGGAGCACUCAUGGAACUUUUAUCAACAAGAACAAAAUACCCCCUAAAACAUACAUAAGACUCCGAGUGGGGCAUGUUCUGAAGUUUGGGGGGAGCACACGACUUUUUAUCCUGCAGGGUCCAGAAUUUGACGAAGAAGCCGAGUCUGAAAUGACAGUGACAGAGCUCAGAGAGCAUGCUAGAAAACAGAGGGAAGAGCUGGAAAAGAGAAUGAUGGGGGGUGGCUCAGACGAGGAGGAAGAGAAAGAAGAGAGUGAAAGCAGUGCUUCAAAAAACACCUCAGAAGAUGCUGGCUGCUCUUGGGGAAUGGCUGAAGAGGCAGCGCCAGAAGAGGAUGAUAAUGAGGAGAAUCCGUUUGCCACCGAAUUUCAGGAGGAUCAAGAAGCAGCUUAUUUAAAAGAUCCUAAAAAGGCCUUGCAAGGUUUUUAUGACAGAGAAGGAGAAGAAUUGGAGUUUGAAUAUGAAGACAAAGCCCAUGGCACCUGGCUCUGCAGAAUUAAGUUACCUGUGGAUGAUGCUGUGGGCAGGCAACUGGUUGCUGAGGUGACCCACACAGGCAAAAAGAAAGAAGCAGCAGUCCAGUGCUGCCUAGAGGCCUGUCGCAUAUUGGAGGCUCGUGGUCUUUUGAGACAGGAGGCAGUGUCCCGCAAGCGCAAGAAGAAGAACUGGGAAGAUGAUGAUUUUUAUGACAGUGAUGACGACACAUUCCUUGACCGGACAGGUGUGGUGGAGAAGAAGCGAACAGAGCGUAUGAAGAAGGCCGGAAAGAUUCAACAGCGUCCUGAUACAUAUGAGUCACUUCUUUCCAAGCUGGCUGAUGUUAAAAAAGAGCUGGCUGACACUGAGAAAAAGCUCAAUUUAUCUGGGAAAGGAGGCUCCGGUUCUUCCACUGAGGAUCCUCUGGAUGCUUUCAUGACCGCUGUACGGAGCGAGGUGGCUCUGGAUGGGGUGGAAAGAAAGAAGCUGCACUUACAUAUAGCUGACUUAAAGAAGGAAGGUCAGAGAUUGAGCAGGCUAGUGGAGCUGGCUAAACCCACACAGCUGCCUUCAUUGCUGUCUAGCGGAUCUCAUACACAGUGUUCAGACUCUGACAAACCUAAGAAAUUAUCUUUACCGAUGUUUGGAGCCAUGAAAGGAGGGAGUAAAUUUAAACUGAAGACUGGAACUAUUGGAAAUUUACCACCCAAGCGGACCAGUUUGCCUCCGGAGCUCUUCAGUAUGAAGGAAAUGCCCUCUGGUGGCGAAGAAGAGGUGGAGGAGGAAGAAAACAGCGAAGCGGAAGAUGUGGUCACUGAUGGGGACAUGGAGGUUAUACAGUCUGCAGAGAAGGCCAUCUCAGAACACUCUGCAGACAGUGCAGAGUCUCUGACACAACAACCUAAAGAAAAAGAAGAGCAUGAGGACCUGCCUGCUAAGAAAGUAAUUUCUCCUAAAAAAGAUGACCCUUCUCCAAAAGGAGUUAACAACAAAGCCUCCAACAUCCAGAAUCCAAAGACAUGCGCAAAGAAGAAAAUUAUUGGCCCUAGCAAGCCUCCUGUGACCAUGUCCAAGCAGUACCCAGAGGACGACCCAGACUACUGCGUUUGGGUUCCUCCAUCAGGUCAGACUGGUGAUGGGCGGACACAUCUGAAUGAUAAGUAUGGAUACUGAAAACCACAAAGGGGAGACCGUCUUCACUAAAAUGGAGUCACAAAACAUUUGUUCUAGACUGGUGGUCUUAAUUUCAAUUGCUGGAGGGCUGCGGCUCUGCUUUGUUUAGCUUCAACCACCUCCAACUCACACCAGCUUUAUAGUCUCUAGUAGUCUUGAACACCUUGAUUAGUUGGAUCAGCUGUGUUCGAAUAGUGUUGGAGAAAAACUGUGCAGAGCUGUGGCCCUUCAGGAAUCGAGUUUGAGACCUGUGUUCUAGACCUUGAAAAGUGAACAUCAUUUUCUCUCUGUAUCUGCGUUUUCACUCCAAACAAGGAACAUCGAGGAACACAAGCAGCACGGAUGAGCUGAGAUGUUAUUUGGAUUUUAAAAAAUGAUUUUCACAUCAUUAAAAGUACAUUAUGAAUUACAUUAAAAUGCAUACAUUGUACAUAUCUGGCCUGGUAGCCCAAUGUCAAGGAUAUUUUUGGGGGAGUUUUGGAGUGGGCAUUGCUUAAAGGGUUAGUUCACCCCAAAAAUAAUGAAAAUUAUGUUAUUAAUUACUAAUCCCUAUGUCAUUUCAAAUCUCUGAGACCUUCGUUUAUCUUCAGAACACAAAUGAAGAUAUUUUAGGUGAAAUCGGAGAGCUCCCUCAUCCCCCAUAGACAAUAAGGUUCGCGACUCAUUCAAAGCUCAGAAAAAAAAACAUCCUUAAAACAGACCACUGUAAAAAAAAAAAACAUUACUUGAAAAA